AGUACUCUUAAUAUUAAGUGUAUGAAAAAGUAUUCAGACAAAAGUUUCAAGUUUAGUAUCAAGUGUCAUCUCAAAGCGUUCACACCUAAUUAUAAAAUGGAACCAGAUCAUGAACAAAUUGUUCUGCCUAAAGUGUAUGAGGAAGCAAUUAGAGAAAUUAUUAAAAAUAAUUUAAGGAAGUCAUUUGAUGACUAUGAAAUAAUUUACAGUCCUGGAUCUAAUAAAGGCGACAAUUAUGCUGGAAUUGUUCAUAGAGUUCAGAUUAAAGAUAAGGCAGAAGGUGAAAUAAAAUUGAGUAUGAUUCUUAAGGUUCCACCUGUGAAUCUCACAAGACGUGAUGAAUUUAUGGCUAAAGAGCUUUUCAUUCGUGAAAUUGAAUUCUAUGACAACAUUUUUCCAAUGUUCAAGAAGUUCCAAGAAGAAAAAGGAAUUGACAUAAAGAAAGAUGGAUUUUAUCAAGUGCCUUACUGCUACAAAACUUUAACUGCCGAACCUUUUGAAGCACUUUUCUUUGAUGAUUUAAAAGUCAAAGGAUUUGAGAUGUUUGAUAGAUUCAAGGAAGUAACAAAAGAGCACGUUUUUCUCGUAAUGAAGUCCUUGGCUAAAAUGCAUGCUAUAUUUUACAGCAUAAAAGAUCAAAAUCCAAAAUUAGUUGAAUCAUAUUUCGAACUUCGGGACUUGUUCAUCAUGUUCUGUGAACGCAAAAAUUCUGCUAUGGAUGCUUGGUAUGAAAGUAUGAAAAAGCAAGCAUUUGUAGUAAUCAAUGAAUGCAAAGAUAUUCAGUUAAAGGAUAAAGUGAAUGCUUUCCUUGAAAAAAGUAUUUAUGACUUGAUGUGCGACUGCUGUGAUCGAAAGAAAACAGAACCGUACGCAACGUUGUGUCACGGUGAUUGCUGGAAUAACAACAUGAUGUUCAGAAAUGAUCAGAGCGGAACUCCAAAUGCCAUUCGUUUAUUAGAUUUUCAAAUUCAGCGCUAUAGCUCGCCAAUUUUAGACUUAAUGUACUAUAUUUUUGGAUGUACUGUUAAGUCAUUAAGAGAUAAGCAUUAUCAAGAAUUUUUGGAUGUUUAUUACGAUGAAUUAUCAAGUUUUAUGACUAGACUUGGAUCGGACCCCAAAAAGCUCUUUCCUCGCGAUGCUUUUGAAAGUCAUUUGAAGGAAUUUGGACAUUUUGGACUUACAAUGGCACUAAUAAUCCUUCCAUUUUUCAUUAAUGACGUUAAGGAUGCUCCUGACAUGGAUGAACUAGCUGAGAAUUUCAAAAAAAUAAGCGAAAGUGUGGAAAUUGAUGAAAAUGCUUUCAAUUUUACGUCUGGAGCUAAUCGAGACAAAUAUUCUGAAAGAUUGUUAGGAGUUUGUAAGGAUAUGUGUGACCUGGGCUAUAUAUAG